AUGGCGGGGACACGCAUCAGCAAAGCUGGGCGCCAGGAUCCUCUGCUAACGUGUAAUCCAACCAGUAUCCACUAUGCUGCUUCCUAUACAGUUGUCAUAGAUCCCCGGGUGUAUCGCCUCGCCCUGCCCUGCGUUCUUCUCUCCUCUCCCGGACCUGAGGCGGCCGCGCUCCCAUUGGCUGAGCCGCGCGGCCUCGCGCCUCACGGACCGCGUCCGUGUAACGGAAAGGGCGCGCGCCGGCCGCGCGGGACUGGGGCGCUCUCUCCGCCGGCAGGAAACGGAAGUGACGGCGCCGCCGGGCGCGCCGCGAGAAGGCUGGUGACGGUUGCUGUCGUUACCGACCCGCUUGGGGACGUGCCGGCGGCGUGCGGAGCUGGCGCCGAGCCCAGCGCCGAGGGUGGGAGCGGCUCGGAGUUUUGCAGGAUGAGCGCCGUUGCUGAAGAUGCUAAGCCAGAAGAUGCCAAACCAGAAUCUGAAAAAAAGAUAUACUACUGUGAAGUUUGUAAAGUUCCAUGUAUGAGUUCUAUAAGUCUUCAGUCACACUAUCGUGGUAUGAAGCAUAGAAAGAAAGAAGAAGCACUGAGAUUCAAGACUGUCUAUUGUCCUCCAGCUCCCUUCCGAACUAUGAUGAGCAAUGAAACACAGAGACCAGUGAAGAGAGGACUCACAAAGGACAUAACAUGUCUGAAGGAUUUCAUUAAUGAUCCCAAAAGAGAAGAACCUCUAGUUGGCUUGGAGCACGUUGUUGAAAUCAGAUUUGAGGGAAGAAGAGAGCCGCAUUAUGAAUGCAAGCUGUGUGGGUUUAAUACAGAGAUGGCACCCAUGAUAGAACAUCUUAGUGGAUAUAAACACAGAAGAGCAUACAUAUCUAAAGAAUUUCCAGAGAAAAUGAAGAGAAAGGCAACAGACGUAAAAGAAUGCAAAGUCUCAUUUCUCAAAAGAAUAGCAGGAGAGCUAGAGAAGACUGAAGGAUUAAAAAUGUAUAAGAUUGAAGGUUACAUAAGACCAAGUACCUCACCCCCAUCAAAGAAGAAAGCAAGGUGGGAAGAUGAUCAUAAGCAUGAGAAUGAUCCUUUUUGGAAACAGAAAGCUUUAGAGUUCUUGGAGACUUUUCACAUCACCUCAGACUCAGAAGCAACACGUGUUGUUCGAGUUACACAGGAACUCACAGAAGCUUUAAAGUCCUUUUGUGAAAAGAAAGCAGCAGUGAAUUAUACUAACAGACUGAGGCCAUUGAUGCCAAUGUCUCGAGGUGGAUUUCCUGCAAGAAAAAACUUCUCAAAGCCAUAUAAGCCAUAUGGAAAAUACAAAGGAAAUUUCAACUGGAAUCAAGGUUUUUUCUCUCAGCAUGAACAGUGUGCUGCAGAUAAUUCUUUUGCUCCUGCCAACUCAGACAGUUACCAAACUGAUGAUGGAUCAUCUUCCUAUGGACUAAGACCUGCUGACUCUGCAAUGAUGUCAGCACUCAGGGACUCUCUUGCUCUCCAGACUGGAAGUUCUGCUGGUGGUAUCAGUGAAUGGCUGAGGCAGUUCAACCAGUCUGCUUCUAACAGCAAUCCAGCCCUUGGGGCCUCUUCUUAUGCGACAGGCUCAGUGAAUGAGUACUCAGUAGAGUAUAUGUCCAAAGAUGUGCAAGGAGAUAAGCUCCCUGGUAACAGAAUGCCAUAUGGCAGGGAAGGUACAAGUUGGAGGAAUCAACAAACGUGUAGCAAAGCAAGGAGUAUAAGUGAUCAGAGAUUACCCUAUCCCAAUUCUUCAUAUUCUUCAUCUGGAAGAUACUCAACAAACUACCCUUCACAAAGCUAUUUCUCUUACAAGAGUGAUGGGUCUGUGAAUUCUUGUACGUUUUCUACAAAUUCUGCUUUUUCAAGAAGAGGUGGCUCUAGGUGGAACCAGAACUCUAGGUGGAACCAGCGUCCAAGCUGGAACCAGGACUCUAACUGGAACCAGGGCUGUAGCUGGAACCAGGACUCUAACUGGAACCAUGGCUCUAGCUGGAACAAGGAAUCUAACUGGAACUGGGAAUCUAGGUGUCAAGAAUAUAGGCAUGAGAAGUCAGGCUACAAAAAUGAUUGGGGUUCACAUCACUAUUCCUUCCCUGGCGGUGGCUCACACAGAGAUAAUGAGCAGUUCAGAAGAUCAGAUAAGAUGUUUGGUGAAGAUACUGUUGGUUCUGCUCCCAGUGUUUUGAACAGACUAGAAGGAAAGGAUAUACCUGCGAUGACUGGGGUGCUCAGACAGCUGGCUUCGUGUUAUCCAGCACUUGUAAGAUUGUGAUUAGUGAAGUAAAGUUUCUUGAAUUGAAA